AUGCAAAAUGGUAACGUUCAAACUCAAUCAUCUGCAACAUGCCAUAAACUAUUCGUCGAUUAUCCUUAUCCGAUAUUAACUGAACUUGAAAAUACAUGCAAACCAAAACAGAAACUCUCUAAACAUUCUUGUACUGUAUCAUAUUUACGACGGUAUAGGAAUUAUUUAAACAAAAUGCUUAGUACUUUUAAUGGACUUACUAAUCAUAAUUCGUCGACUUUAAUGUUAGAUCCAUCUGCUCAACAACCAAAUAUCGAUAGAUAUCAAUCGCAAGCUUUUGUUAACAAUGUGUCAGAAGAGCAUCAAUCUAUGCGUACUCGUAAAUCACUGGUUAGUUCAAUAAAUGCAGAAAUAAAUUAUUAA